CAAAAAGUUGUGAAUGUUUUAAAAAAAUAAGCGUAAUCCUUCAGAAUUUCUGUAACAAUUCGUGUUGCAUUUAUGAUCACCCCUUUCCUUUGGGUUUUAGGAAUCAAUUUUAGGGGCCCAUCUUUUGCUCCUUUUUAUUAGAAAUUUACAUUUUGGUAGUGCUCUGCACCAUUUCACAACUUUACCCUUUUCCUGAAGUUUUGCUCUCUGGUCUCAAUGUCGCUCUCUGUAUUUUUGCCUAAAUUCAGAAAUCCAGAUCCCUGUUGCAUGUUUACAUAUGAAAAUACCCAACUUGGUUUUUAAGGAAAGCAGGAACAGCAAUGGGACUGGCAAUAAGAAGGCCCAGGAAGAGUAAGAUCAAUUGUCAUCAUCAUAGUUAUAAGCCCAACAGAGACUUGGAGAUGCCAUUAUUUCACAAAACCUCUCAAAAGAUGCAAUCCCAGGAUCUCUGUGAGAUGUCAUCGAGGGAUCAAAAGGAGCAACUUUCUCUAGAUGGGGAUUUGUUAUCUGAAGUUAUGAAACACAUGGAUGCAAGGACACUGGCUAGAGCUUCAUGUGUCAAUAAGGUAUGGCAUAAAGCUGCACAGGAUGACAAACUGUGGGAAAACAUAUGUCUCAAGCAUUGGGCUAACACUGGUUGUGGAAGUCAUCAACUGAGAUCUGUUGUUUUGGCACUCGGUGGGUUUCGGAGACUGUAUUCUCUUUGCCUUUGGCCUAUGCUUAAUCCAUCUGCUUCUUCUUCGUCAUCGUUAUUGGCUCCUCAAAGCUUUUCUCCAUUCCUAUCAAAGCCUGGUCUGAAUAAAAAGCACAGUGCAAAGGCACAAUCUUGGGGUAAGGAUGAGGUCAAUCUUUCUCUUUCACUUUUCUCUAUCCAUUGCUAUGAGAAAAUGAGUAAUGCUCCUAUGCAAAACUUGUCUUCUGCCCAGUUUCAAUCUGCCAAGCAUCCCAUAUUUGAAGAUUCAAGCGGGCCCAAAUAGAUAUAAUCCUUCUAGCCCCACAAUAGAUAUUGCUUGUAUUUUAGUUUUGAGUGUAUUUGUGUAAAACCCAAAAUUUGAUCUUAUCCAUCCUAAUUGGAUCAUGGAGUUGAACUUGUAAGUUAACAUCCCAACCAGGCAGACCUUAAAGUUUUCAUGGAAGAUGUAAAUAUAUAGAUGGUUCGCCAUACAUAGGAGACCUUACACUGCCUGAUCAGGGGGAGCGCUCGUGUGCAGCACUGAAACCCUUCCACGUGACUGUAAGGAAGGUACAAUUUAUGGGUUUUUUAAAUGUUUAGAGUGUUUCGUGAUUGAUCGUGGCUAUUGAUGAAUUUCCGAGUGCUAACAUGGGUAUGCCGCUUAUGGUGCUCUGUUUCGAGAUGGUCAUCCAGCUGAGUUCCCAAUCUCUGUCAUGGGGGAACGCUGUUGUAACAAUAGAAUGAAUCUUGUCAUGUAGUAACAGAUUGGGUUACCCAUUAUGGACUAAUCAAAUAACAUCUGAUUUCUCUUUUA